AUGUACAGAAUAGACGUUUCAGAUUUUUAUGACUUCCAAGCGUUCAGAAAUAUGUGUCCAUUUAGAGACUAUAACAAAGCAGUCGAGAAUUUGAAACGUUUAGUCAUUUAUGUUGACUCUGCCCCAGAAUGUUAUGUCAUGAAAGAAUGGGAUGUUGUCUUUAACAAACCAAGAGCAACAAUAGUUUCAGAACAAGAAUGUAGACAGAAACUUAAGAAAAUAAAAGUCGUACAGGUUGGCAUGAAGAUGUUAGAUGCUUGGGAUAUCUUAUUGUCAAAGUUAGAAGAUUUUUCAGUUCGUGGUAUAAAGUUCUAUACACCAUCUCCAAACUUCUAUUCUAUCUUCACUGGAUAUAAAUACGAACAAGUAGAAUGGAAAGAAAAUAUUAUAGAAGCUUGGUUAGACCAUGUCAAAGAAAUUAUAUGCAAUGGAAACGAAAGAGUCUAUGAGUAUAUCUUAUGUUGGUUUGCAAACAUCUUACAAUAUCCAA